AUGUUGGUGUACCUCAUGGAAGGAAUGGAGAGCAAUCAGUUCUUCUUCUUUGGGGUGGCCAACAGUACGGCCCGGAUCGAUCUCGACAAGCACCCGCAGCUGCAGGAGAAGAUGGACCAGUACAAGCAGUUCUGCGAACGCCAGCGCGAGCGCCAGCGGAAGAAGGCCAAGCGGGCCAAGAAGAAGCAGGAGAAGAAGGAGAAACGCAAGAGGAAGAAGGACAAAAAGAAGGAGAAGAAGGACAAAGAGAAGAAGAAGAAGAAGGACAAGGAGAACAAGAGCAGGAGAAGAAGGCAUGACACGGAGAGCGACAGCGACAGUGAAGAAGAAGAAGAAGAGCGAAAGAAGAAGCAGCGGCCAAGGGGCAACGGGGAAGAAGACCGAAGCAGAGAACGAAAGCGAAAGCGAGAGAACGAACGCGACGCGGAGGUGGACCGCACAGAAGACGACGAAGAUGAUGACACGGAGGGCACAAGGAAGAGGAGGAAGGAGGGAGGGACAGAGAAGAAGGAAGAGGGAGAGGAGGACCGACUGAGGAAGAUAGAGCGGGAGAUGAUGGAAAUGGAGCUGCGGAAGGCUGCGCUCGCGGCGCUCAUUGAGGCGCUGAAGCAGGGCUCCCGGGAGAACAAGAAGAACGAUGAACACUCGCGAGUGCGGGAAGAGAAGGAAGAGAGAAGGGUGGAGGAAACGAAGACGAAGAAGAAGGAGGAGCGCGGCGUUGCUGAUGGUGAUGGUGGUGAUAGUGGUCGUGAUGGUCACGAUGACGAUGCGGCUCAGGCCAAGCUCGAGCGAGAGCUGCGACUGCGUGCGCUGUUGAUGAAGGCAAAGGUAGAAAAAGAGAAAAAUUGA